AUGACCGGCGAUAAGCGUGCAGAUUAUGUGUCCAUCAACCCUGACAGCGGCAGCCUCAGGCUCUGGGAAAACCGCUGUUGGACCAUCCCAGCUGGUCUUGACGAUGGCUCCAAUUAUUCUGAAGAUGACGACGGUGUUGAUGCCUUAUGGACAUGGCUGCACUUUCAGGGCUGCAGUAAGGACCAGCAAAAGGCAAUUAAAACAGCCCACGAGGAUGCGGAGACCAUGGCUGACCUGGUCAAAUCGAUUGACUUUGCCAACGACCACGGGGCUAUGGAGUUUUUGGACCACCUGCGCUUAACAAGGACUACCAGGACAGCAUCCAGGCUAUCUUCAACCAUAUUUCCACCUUCAGACUAA